CCAGCCCUCGCUGGAGUUUCAUUAAUUUAAUUUGCUCAGUGAGUUUGCAGAUUGGUCACGGUUAGUUAGUGCACAGCGCGAUUGUAAGCAGAAAGAAGUUCGAGUCCAGUCACAGAUGAACUCUGUUCUUUAAUAUUGCCAGUGUCCCUGUACACAAUGACCCCACCGUUUGGCGGUCCCUUCUGGGUCUGGCUCCUCUUGGGGCUCAGCGGUUCGUGGGCUCAACAGAAGAAGAGGAACGUGCUUCUCAUCAUCGCUGAUGACGCCGGGUUUGAGAGCGAGGUGUACAACAACACGGCGAUCGGGACGCCCAACCUCAACCGGCUGGGCGGGCGCAGCGUCAUCUUCAGGAACGCCUUCUCGUCCGUCAGCAGCUGCUCCCCCAGCCGCUCCGCCAUCCUCACCGGGCUACCCCAGCAUCAGAAUGGAAUGUACGGGCUCCACCACAGUGUCCAUCACUUCAACUCCUUCGAUGCUGUCCGAAGUUUACCGUUGCUGCUCAGUCAGGCUGGGAUCAGAACCGGGAUUAUCGGGAAGAAGCACAUAGGCCCAGAGUCUGUUUACCCCUUCGACUACGCGCAGACGGAGGAGAACCAUUCCAUCCUACAGGUGGGCCGGAACAUCACCCGGAUCAAGCUGCUGGUUGGGACCUUCCUGCGGGACACGGCGGACAGGCCGUUCUUUCUCUACGUGGCCUUUCACGACCCACACCGGUGUGGACACUCCCACCCCCAGUACGGCGCCUUCUGUGAGAAGUUUGGGAACGGGGAAGCCGGAAUGGGCUGGAUCCCAGACUGGAAGCCACAACACUACGGCCCAGAGCAGGUGAAGGUGCCUCCCUUCCUGCCUGACACACCAGCAUCCCGUGCUGAUCUGGCUGCACAGUACACCACCAUCAGCCGUCUCGACCAAGGGAUCGGGCUGGUGCUGGAGCAGCUGUCGGAGGCUGGCCAUGCGAGGACACGCUGGUGAUCUACAGUUUCGGACAACGGGAUUCCCUUCCCCAACGGAAGGACCAACCUGUACCACCCUGGAUUUGCCGAGCCCAUGUUGGUCCACUCACCGGAGCACCCGGAACGCUGGGGUCAAUCAGGCCAAUCCUUCGUCAGCCUGCUAGAUAUAACUCCAACUAUCCUGGACUGGUUUUCCGUCCCUUAUCCCUCCUACAGUAUCUUUGGGAAGAAGAUGGUACAUCUCACUGGCAAGUCCAUUCUUCCAGUCCUGAGCUCCGAGCAGCCCUGGCAAACGGCCUACGCUAGUCAGAGUCACCACGAGGUCACCAUGUAUUACCCCAUGAGGGCUCUCCAGCACCUCCAGUAUCGACUGGUCCACAACCUUCACUUCAAGAUGCCUUUCCCCAUCGACCAGGACUUCUACCUCUCGCCCACCUUCCAGGACCUGUUGAACCGCACGCGGUCUGGCCUGCCGACCCACUGGAAGAAGUCCCUGCACCGGUACUACUACAGGGAGCAGUGGGAACUCUUCGACUUGCAGGCAGACCCGGCCGAGAUCCGCAACCUCGCCUCCGACCCCCGGUACCAGCGCGUGCUGGAGGACCUGAAGGGGCAGCUGAAGAAGUGGCAGUGGCUGACCGAUGAUCCCUGGGUGUGUGCUCCGGAUGGGGUGUUGGAAGACCAGGCUUCCUACAAGCUGGAUCCUCAGUGCAGACCCCUGUACAACGAGCUGUGACAUGGGAGAGAGUGUAAAGGAUUUUUACAAUGGAGAAGUUGUCCAUCUUAUGUUGGUGGUGUUAGCAGGAGGAAAUGUUGAUAAGGGAACCCAGAGCACAGGCUGUGUCCUGCUAUGUGGACAGGUUAGACCAAUGUGAGCUCCUCCUAUGCUGUUCUCUGAUUUGUGUUAUAAUAUUUUCUUGCAUUGGAUACUUACUGGGUGGCUUUCUGCAGUGGUUAGUACUGUUGCCUCUCAUGUCCACUGACACAGGUUCAGUCCUGACCUCUGGUGCAGUCUAGGAACAGUACAGCACAGGAACAGGCCCUUCGGCCCAAGAUGUCUGUGCUGACCACGAUGCCUAUUCAACUAAUCCCAACUGCCUGCACGUGGUCUGUAUCCCUCCAUUCCCUGCCUGUUCAUGAGCCUGUCUAAAUGCCUCUUAAACACCGGAGACACCAGAGACUGCAGAUGCUGGAAACUGGAGCAACACACAAUCUGCUGGAGGAACUCAAGUGGAUUGAGCAGCGUCAGGACCCAUUCUGACGUAGGGUUUCGACCUGAAACGUCGACGAUUCCUCUACACACGGGUGCGCACCCCUCAGCCUGCUGAGUCCCUCCAACGGAUAGUUUGUUCCUCUUAAAUAUUGCCGUUGUAUCUGCUUCCACACCUGACCGGAAGCAGUUAGUCUUUAUUAGUCUUGCUGAGAACGUGGGAGCGGCCUGGCUUCAUUCUAGAAGGCAUUGCAUAGUGCAAACUGUGGGUAAUUGAGGGGCCACUCAGAAAGUAGGAGUAGGUCCCUCAAGCCUGCCCUGCCAUUCAAUAUGAUCAUGGCUGAUCAGCCCUAGGCCUCAACUCCCUCUCUGUGCCAGUUCCCCAUUACCCUCAAUUCCCAGAACUUUCAAAAACUUAUCUACUUCCCCCUUAAAUAUGCCCAAUGAUCCUGCCUCCACAUCCCUCCGGGGUAAAGAAUUCCAGACAUUCACCACCUCUGCAAGAUGUUGUCCCUACGCACCUCAGAUUUAAAUGAGCAUCCCCUCAUCUUGAAACUCUGUCCUCUCGUUCGAGUUUCUCCCACUGGUGGAAACAUCUCCACAUCUACCCUGUCGUGCCCUCUGAGGACCUCGUAGUGUUUCAGUAAGAUCACCCUCCUCAUUCUUCUAAAACUCUGAAGAAUAUAGAUCUAAUCUCCAUUGCUGCUCAUGAUUGGAUGACCUGCUCAUCCCGGGAAUCAGGUGAUUCUCUUUUACCUUCAAGGCCAGUGUAUCCUUUCUUAAAUAAAGGGAGCAAAAACUGUGCACAGUCCUCCAGGUAUAUUCUCACCUGUACUCUGUAUAAUCGUAAGAAUAUUUCCCUAUUUUUUAAACUCUGACCCUCUUGUAAUAAAGUACAAUUGCUAUUUGCAUUCUAGAGUACUUGUUGCACCUGCCUGCAAACUUUUUGUAAUUUGUGCACCAGAUUUGUGCACAAGAGGACUCCCCGUUCUGCAUCCUGCACACCUCCUGGGCUAAUUCAACCUUCUCACUGACCCUUCACCCACAACUCAGUGCUUCGAAUCUGCAGCUGACAGGAGCCAGUUCGGAACUGCCUGUUGCGCACACCCAGCUCCCAGGCUGUGAAGUGGCCCACCCAGAACAGGGCUCGGCUUCAGCUGAGCACAGGUUAUACCAAAGCACCACAGACAGAGGGAGCAACAGCUCCUUAUCAAAAGCAAACAGCUGCUCUGACGAUGGAGAGGAUUCAGCUGUUGCCAUAAACAUUCAGAUAAAGCACCCACUGUGUACAGACAACACCUUCCCUAAAGGAACAAGUCAGC